UAGACUUUAUUGGAUGUGUGCAGUGCAUUUGUGCACGGAGGGAGAUGCUCACAAUGGAGCAAAUAAAGGCAGCCUUGUACAAGAAGAUGAAGAUAUCUGAGAAUUUAAAUGAGAAGCAGAUGGAAAGAUUGGAGGGAGUCGGGGGAGAUCUCACCAUGGCCAGAGAACAACAGAGGGAGCACAUCCUCAAGUGGUUUGUGGAGACCCAGGCUGUGCACAUUCUGUGUGAUGGAAGUUUUCCACCUUGGUUCCAAGGCUUCAUCUCCAGACAAGAAGCAGAAGAUCAGCUCCAAGACAAGAAUGUUGGUUGCUUCCUUAUCAGACUAAGCGAAAAAUCCAUUGCAUAUAUUCUUUCAUACAGAGGACAGGAUCGUUGUCGUCACUUUGUGAUAAAUCCAACUAAUACUGGCCUGUUCGUCGUCGCUGGUGAUUCUACCACUCAUAACAGUCUCACAGAGCUGAUCAAUCACUUUAAAACCACACCGAUCCAGCCUUUUGGAGAGUACCUAACUUCGUACGACACAGACGUGGACAUGGACUCUGUUGAAGAGGACACCAAAAACGAGCUUUAUGACGUGGUUCAACAUAAGCCCAGAAUUAAUGCGGGUGUUAGCGUUAAGGCUCUAAGAAGUUUAUGGGAACAAACUAGCAAUGUCCCGCAUAGCACGCCUCCUGUUCUAUAUUCUAAAAGUGGCCGGAAACUCGCAAUCUCCACCUCUGUUGACAGGAACAUCCUUUCUCAGGGUACAAAAGUUCCACCAGUGCCAAAGAAGAAUACACGGCUUCGGAAUUCCUUAAGCGCUGGUUUUCCUGGUACAAAUCCAUCACAAGAACAACACAGCUUUUCAGAAUCAAGGACAUCUGGAAGGUCAGUUGGUGAUGAGAGCGUAAAUGGCAGGAAAAGUGAUACCUUGGACACAGAGGGCUACAACUCUCAAUUAACAUUGCCUCUCCGCGAUGCAAACAAUCAGUCUUCAACCUCUAAUUCUUGUAACAUUAUAGCCUCCAACCUUCAACGACCUCCUUUAGUUCCACCCAAAACAGCCUCCAGCUCUUAUGCUGUCCUCGACUUUAAAAAACACCACAGUGGUGGUGACCGAGUGCCACAUACUGAAAAAGAAGCCAUGCAGCUCAACCCACUCUACCAGACCGCAUCUGUGGUGUGUGCUGGGCAGCAGGACCAGCCCGGGCAAGAGUAUGACAACCGUAUAAAGCUCAUCGACAGCAUCCUUUUAGCAGAAAAACCCUAUCAAGACAUUCCUGAACAACGUGACAGUAAUACCUAUGAGCACAUAGCUGAGAGCAACACCUAUGAGGACAUCCGAGUGACAAACAGCAACACGUACGAGAGUUUGGAUGAGAUGCAUCCACACUCACCGAGCAUCUUGGGAAAGAAGAAUCAUAAGUGGUGGAAACUUCGACUGGAGAAUAAGAAGCAAUAGUCAUCUGGUGAAUGUAAAAGCUGAGAAAAAUAUUUCAUUUGAUGUUUUAUUGUUUUGCUACACGAUUAUUUUUUGAGAUAUAUUAAGUCAUAAUUUUCAUGUUGGUGUAUGUUCAGUAUAGCAUGGUUUCUACAGUAACAAAAUGCUGAAAACUGUUUAUGCAAAUACAAAGGUACAAUGAGAUGGUCAUGAUAAACAUAUUUUGAAAAUGUAUUUGGACACCUGCUCUGAUUAUAUCUAUUGUUAUCACUGAAUGUCCCACUAUUUUCCCAGGACUUUAUCUUUAUCUUUCAGUGUCGAUCAGUUCAGUGUAAUUCACUAUUUUGUAAUUAGUAUAGUGUUCACAGACUGUCAUGUUUAAACAUAGAGUUUAUGCAACCCCAAUUCAGCAAUCCACACUAUUUGUAUGAUACAACAGUCUUUCUCUACACAUCUGAACCCAUAAUACUGCACAGCAUAACUGAAUAAAGCAUGGGGACAUUAUACAAUAAGUGCUCUGUAUGAGGUUAGUAUUGAUUGCAUUCUUCCUUCUGUCUUCUUCAAAGUGAUGUGCUCUCCUGUUUAAUGUCCAUAUUGAACGCUCUAGAAAACAGUUUAGAAUACAGACCUAUAGACCUUCUGUCUAUGCCUAUUUUUGCCCUCCACUGUAUAUUACGUGAUCCAUUGCCAUUUGGAUAAUAGCUGACUUAAUGGAUGGUGAUACUCAUAUCUCUAAGCCACUGAGACAUUUCCACAUGGUUUGGACUCUAAAUAUUGAUCCAUUUACAACCUUAUGAUGGAUUGGUCAGCUUUUGGAGGUUUCCUAACAGUCUUGUGCUAUGUAAUAAACUGUGCUUGCAUUUUUUUUGUCAGCAAGCUUGAAAAUCAAGCUAGCAGCAAAAAACAGUCUUUCAGAGGCUUCACGGUUUCAGAUUUAUACAAAUCUUGUGCUUAAUUUCACGAUAAUUACACACGUCUAUACUUUUAAUUGUACAGUACUCACAAGAUGAAAUAAAGUUUAUUGAAGAUCAUGUUCUCAAAGUGAAGAAGUGAGAGCUUUCCAUUGUCUCCAGACAGGCCAGAGGAUCUAAUCUGCUGUUACCACUAUUUUACAUUUCAAGAUUACAUGCAAACACUGACGCAACUGAUGCUCUUAUCAGGUCCUUCUUAGCUCCAGAGCAGACAUCCUCGGGAACUGUACAGAGGUGGAGAAGUUUCAGUCUCCUCCAGCAGGAGGCAACAUUGUACAAACAAAAUUCAAUGUGUCCACCGUAAAUUUUCCCUAUUGCUUAAAACAUAAAACAUGCUUCACUGUUUACAAACAGUUCAGUUGAUUUCAGCAUACUAGUUUAUCCUAGUUUACCAGUUACGACGCUUAAUGUUACCAUAAACUGUAGCCUUCGUUGUCAUAAAAAAAGUAAAUAAAAUUGCGUUAAAUUCAAAUAAAGGGAAUUUUGGGAUGAACAAAUAGUUUGUCCCUAAAAUGAUAAUCAUAAUGUAUGAUUC